GAUGCUCAUUUUAAACAACAUUUUCAUUUCACCACUCUCUUAGUCUCUCCUCUUCUUUCCAAAAUAAGAACAAAAUCAUACAAUAGUUUUUUUGUGGUGAAGCCUGCUAGGGUUUUUCCUCUUUUGCAGGACUUCAAUGGAGAGUACCGACUCCUCGGCGGGAUCUCAACAUCAUCAUCAACAACAACAACAACAACAACAACAACAACCGAACCUUCCGCCGGGGUUUCGUUUCCACCCGACGGAUGAGGAGCUUGUUGUCCACUACCUCAAGAAGAAGGCUACGUCAGCUCCUCUUCCGGUCGCCAUCAUCGCUGAGGUUGAUCUCUACAAGUUCGAUCCCUGGGAGCUUCCAGCUAAGGCGACGUUUGGGGAACAAGAAUGGUACUUUUUUAGCCCGAGGGACCGGAAAUACCCGAACGGGGCGCGGCCGAACAGGGCGGCGACGUCGGGGUACUGGAAGGCCACCGGGACGGACAAGCCGGUGUUGACAUCGGGCGGAACUCAAAAAGUCGGCGUCAAAAAGGCUCUGGUUUUCUACGGAGGAAAACCCCCAAAAGGGAUUAAGACCAACUGGAUUAUGCAUGAAUAUCGGCUUGCAGAGAACAAGGCCAAUAACAAGCCUCCUGGUUGUGACUUGGGCAACAAGAAGAACUCGCUGAGGCUUGAUGAUUGGGUGUUGUGCCGGAUUUACAAGAAGAACAAUACAAAUAGGCUAUUGGAUCAUCAGGAGAGGGAUCAUGAUUCUAUUGAUGACAUGUUGGGCCCCAUCAAUCAGUCUCAUUUGAGCAACUUGGUGGGCCCACAGAAUAUUGGAAAGCUGCAACAACAACUACCAAAGUCCGCGACACUAUUAAGCUACGGGAGUGCGCUAAGCGAAAACGACCACAAUCUGUUCGACGGAAUGCUCAGCUGCAGCAACGACAACGGAAUUAAUAUAAACGCCGCCGCCGCCGCCGCCGCCACCACAACUACCGCUUUAGCCUCUUCCUCGUGCUCUAAACAACAACCCGAUCAUCAUCAGCUUCCGAUGAAAAGGGCAGUGCUUCCGGGGAUGUACUGGAACGACGUCGUCGACAACGAUGAUGACGGCAGUGGGCCCGGCUCGUCGUCGACCAAGAGGUUGCAGUUGGAUCACGACUGUUUAGGGACGGGGACGGAAGGCAAUAGCCACGCGAACUCGUUGGCGACUCUGCUCAGCCAGAUUCCCGCCCAGACGACGUCGUUGCACCAGCAAUCGGUGCUCGGAGGUUUGGGAGAUGGGCUCUUCCAAAGACCUUUUCAAUUGCCGGGGAUGAAUUGGUUUUCUUGAUUCAUUUUCGGGGAAGCGCAGGCUGCUGCUACUACAAAUACAUGAUCUCAUUAUUUAUGCCUAACCUGCGAGGACUUAAAACGUUGAAGGUAUAUUUAUAUAUAUAUAUAUAUAUGUAUAUAUAUAUAUGUAUGUAUACAGAUUGCCACCAGCCAAUUGAUCUUAUUAUAUACACUAAAAAUAUAAAUUGAUAUAAAUAGUCAAUAAGUUGUAAAGAUUUGGAUCGAGUAUGGAGAUUUUGCUGUUAGGAAUUUAUAGCAGCUAUACAUAUAGUUAGAGUGGCCUGAAAGUCCUGAGUUGAUUGGCCAAUUAUUUCAGUUAUACGCAAUAGAUAUUUUUUCAGAAAGUUCCCUAUAUAUAGAUAAUU